AAAGAGCCCGCGCCGUCCGAACUAAAAUCAGACCCGGGAAUGCUUAUACCAAAAUCCAAAUCCCUAAAAUUUUUAAAUCUACUCAAGCCCUAGAACCCCUCAAAUUGGGAAAAAAUUUUGAGUUUCAAGAGAGCCCUAAAACCAGAGCCACAGAGCGCCAACAUCUUUUGUUUUCGAAUUGCAAAAAAUGGCGCUUCACUUGUAUAUCCUUCUUUGCUAUCCCUCUCUCUUCAUUUCCUACAAAGCCACUCGCUCCAACUCGUCUCUCCUUCAUCGUUCUUCUCUCUCGAUCUAUUCUAGCCCAGUGAGAGUGAGUAGAGAGAGAAGGAUUAGUUUUCCAUGGCUGACCAGGAGAAUGUGCGCAUCACUCGGGCGGCCAAGAGGAGAGCGGCGGGGAACACGGAGGAUAUGCCGGUGCCCAAGAAAAGGGUGGUGUUGGGGGAGUUGCCGAACGUGUCGAACGUUGUCGUUUCGGUGAAUCCCAGUUUGGGGAAUGAGCCACAGAAAAGGAAAUCUAGGGCAAAAACCAAGGCAAAGAAGGCUUUGGUGAGUACGACGGCGAAGUCAACGACGGAGGAUGUUGCUGAGAAGGUUGAUAUCGAUGGCGAGUCCCAUGAUCCUCAGAUGUGCGCGCCUUAUGCGACGGACAUAUAUGACUAUCUACAUAAGAUGGAGGUGGAAUCAAAGAGAAGACCACUACCUGAUUACAUUGAGAAAGUGCAAAAAGAUGUUACACCCAAUAUGAGAGGAGUUCUGGUGGAUUGGUUAGUGGAGGUUGCAGAGGAAUACAAGCUUCUCUCAGAUACUCUGUAUCUUACCAUUACUUAUAUUGAUAGAUUCCUAUCCUCUAAUGUCCUCAACAGACAGAAGCUUCAGUUGCUGGGUGUUUCCUCAAUGCUUAUUGCGUCUAGAAAAUAUGAAGAAAUCAGCCCUCCAAGUGUGGAAGAGUUUUGCUAUAUUACAGAUAAUACUUACACUAAGGAUGAGGUGGUAAAGAUGGAGGCUGAUAUACUUAAGUCCUUAAAGUUCGAAAUGGGUAAUCCUACUAUCAAGACAUUUCUAAGGAAAUUCACCAAGAUUGCACAAGAGGAUAACAAAAAUUUAAACUUGCAACUUGAGUUCCUGGGCUACUACCUUGCUGAGUUAAGCUUGCUAGACUACAACUGCGUAAAAUUUUUGCCUUCUUUAGUGGCUGCCUCAGUUAUUUUUCUGGCCAGAUUCAUGAUGCAACCUAAGGUGUAUCCUUGGAACUCGAUGCUGCAAAAAUACUCAGGUUAUAGGACAGCUGAUUUGAAGGAAUGUGUCCUCAUAAUACACGACUUGUAUCUGAGUAGACGUGGAGGAGGAUUACAAGCUGUAAGAGAAAAGUACAAGCAACAUAAGUUCAAAUGCGUGGCAACCAUUCCUUCUCCUCCAGAAAUACCAGCUCCCUUUUUCGAAGAUUUGAAGGACUGAGAGUUUUGGUAGACUUGUGAGCUAGUGUUAUUCCAAACAAGUGGGCUUUCUCCUUGUUUAAGGGCUUGAAUUUGAAGUAUUCUAACACCCAGAAAUUGGUGUUAGCUGGGCCUGUAGACCUUGAUAGGCUCUUAGAUCUGGGUUAAUUCCCAGGAGCUGUGGUGGAGCUUCUCAUAUUAAUUCAAGUGAUCUGAUGCUGGGAGACCUGGUCUACGGUGAGCGGCACUGCUAAAGCACAGCUUUUAAUCGUGACAUAAAUAAUUCUUUUCAUGGGUAGAACAUUUGUAAUUUCUUGGUGGAAGUUUGUAGAUUAGGUUUACAGAUAAGUUUUGUGAGCUACGUUUUAUUUGUAAGGGAAAUAUUUAUUUUCCUCAUUUGGCUUCAUGAAUUGGAAUGAUGUAAAACCCUGAUACUCGAAAGGAUUGAUUACAAUAUUUGAAAAUCUACUGGAUUUCUGUUAAAGCA